AUGAAUGGCCAUGUCCGUAGCGGCAAUGAUGUCAUCAGUCGCAUACACGAAGGAAAUGCUUAUGGAAAUGGAGAUGAAGACGGAGGGAAGGUAACUGACCUAGCUUUAUCCUUCGAUAUGUUAAUAGGAUAUACCCUAUUCCAUAAGAGAAAUGAACACCUUAUUACUUACAAAAGUGGUGAUAGAGCAAGUCAAAUUGACUUCCUUUUAUAUCGAAGGAGAAACUUUAGGGAGAUUAAAAACUACAAAGAAAUACCCGGAGAUCAUGUGACUGCGCACCACCGCUUGGUUGUCAUUGAUCUCUCCAUAGAUGUCUCGCAAAAGCAGAAAAGGAAAGCUACAACUCAGAGAAGGAUGAAACGGUUUAAACUGAAGGAAAAUGAUUUCCAACAAGAAUUCAAAGACCGAUUUCUAAGAGAGCUGAGCCACGAUAUGGAAGAUGUGAACACCUGGUGGAAUGAUGCACACAGUAUUAUAUUAAGAGCUGGAAAGGAAAUACUGGGCGAGAGUUGUGGAAAGAAAGGAGAUAUUCAGAGUUGUGAGAACUAUCAGGGUAUUAAGCUGAUGUCUCACACUUUGAAACCACUAGAAAGGAUUUUUGACUCGCAACUUAGACAAGCAGUGCGCAUUGGCCGACAACAACUUGGUUUUAUGAAAGGGAUCGGAACAGUUGACGGCACCUUCUUUCUCAGGCAAACCAUGAAGAAAUACCAGAAGAAAAGAGUGCUACAUAUGGUUUUCAUCGACUUAGAGAAAGUUAAUGACCGAAGAAAAACAGGAUUUGGGAGUAGAAUAUACAGCUUAAUCUCCGACACCAAAUGGUACAGAAGGUUUGGCGUUUUUAUAAGUACAUCCAGCAUAAUCCUUACUUCAUAUGAUACAGGAGAACCGUAA